GCGGCCUGGCCUCGUCACGUGACCCGGACCCCAGCUCGCCCAGGGAUGGAAUCGGAAGAGGGGACGCCGCUGUGGCGGCUGCAGAAGCUGCCAGCCGAGCGGGGCCCGCAGCUUCUUCACAAAAUAAUUGAUGGCAUUUGUGGCCGAACUUAUCCUCUCUACCAGGAUUAUCAAAGUGUUUGGGAUUCCACAGAAUGGAUGCAUGUUCUGGAAGAUAUUACCAAAUUUUUCAAAGCUGUAGUGGGCAAAAAAUUAUCUGAUGAAGAGAUAUCUCAGCAAUUGAAUCAGUUGAAUUCAUCUCAUCAAGAAGCUAUCAUGAAAUGCUUGAAAAGUAGAAAAGAUGAAAUUAAGCAGACUCUGUUAAAUGAAGUAGUUGAUAUUUCCUCUGCACAGCUACAGGAUUUUGAUUGGCAGUUAAAGCUUGCACUUUCCAGUGACAAGAUUGCUACAUUACAAAUGCCACUUUUAAACCUUCAUCUAGACGUAAAAGAAAAUGGUGAAGUCAAACCAUAUUCUAUCGAAAUGAGUCAAGAAGAACUACAGAACCUAAUAAAUUCCUUGGAAGCAGCUAAUAAGGUCAUCCUGCAGUUCAAAUAACUGGAAAUGAUGAAUACCAGCAUCAUCAGAUUCCACUGUUACAACUGAUAUGACAGCGAAUACUGUGUGCUCAGAAAACCUGCAAUAUGCUAUUAUGCUACUCUGAGAAAGCAGCCGUUUUGAGAUGACAAAGAUAAAAAUUUAUCAAGUUUCCUAAAGAACAGGAAAUUAUAUGGUUGACAGGAAAUGCAUUAAAAAAAAUAAAGAUAAAAAGCUAUAGUAGUAGUUUAUAUUUUCAUAA